AUGUCCUGCGGCUUGUGGUUUGCAGACAGUUCACCACGGAACAGGAGACAUGAACAGCUUCCUUUCCUCGACAUCUUAAUCCAGAGGAGACCUGGAGUCCCGGUGUACUCUGUGUACACAAAGCCCACGAAUAAAGAUGAUUUCAUACACUAUUUCUCUGCCCACAAGGUAGCACCUGAAAGGGUCCCAGGUAUGGGGUUGCAUAUCCUAAUGUUGGGCAGCAGUAACAUUAAAACCUGGAACUGGCGGAAGAACCAUUUCGAUGGUCAACGCGAUAAGCUUAUACUGUUUGGCGACUUUAAUGCCCGAGUUGGCUCUGAUCACAAUCAGUGGGAAGGAGUACUCGGCAAACACGGCACUGGCAAAAUGAACGCUAAUGGCCUCCUGUUGCUGAGCAAGUGUACAGAGUACAACCUGGUCAUCACAAACACGUUGUUCAGAAUGGCAGAUAAGUACAAGAAUUCUUGGAUGCACCCCAGAUCUAAACAGUGGCAUCUGAUAGAUUUCGUCAUUAUCCCCCCCCUCCACCCAAGCCGCCCGAAUCUUUCCAGAAGAACCUUUAACAUAGCCAAACUCCAGCAGUCUCGAUGUCUCGACUUUUUCCAACACAAGCUGGAUGAAAAGCUAGCUACCACUGAUCCACUGUCUGGUUACCCAACCCAGAAAUUGAUUCAGUUCAAAGAGUUAGUGACAGAAACAGCAAAGACAGGUCUUGUCCUAAAGAGAUGUAACCAUCAGGACUGGUUUAAUGAGAAUGAUAGUGCCACUGAAGAACUGCUUGCUAAGAAGAACAAGGCAUUCAUGGAGUGGCAGAACGACCCGAGUUCCUCAACGAAGAAGGAGAUAUUUAAGUCGUAUCAGUCUCUGGCCCAAAGAGAAAUACGUAGGAUGCAUGACCAGUGGUGGGAGAAGAAAGCUGAUGAUAUUCAAGCCUUCGCUGACUCCAACAACUCAAAGCAAUUCUUUAAUUCUACCAAAGCAGUGUAUAGCCCUCCCAAAUCUCGCUCUAUGCCUGGAGUCACUCUAAUCAAGGACAAGGCCGCUAUCAGAGAAAGAUGGAAAGAGCACUUCAGCCAGCUCCUAAAUCGUCCAUCCUCAGUUGACCAGUCAGUACUUGACCAGAUCCCUCAGAGGCCAGUCAUUGAAGAAUUCGACAACGUUCCUUCCAUGGAAGAAGUCCAAAAGGCUAUAAGACAGAUGAGCAGUGGCAAAGCACCGGGAAGGGACGGAAUCCCAGCAGAAGUAUACAAGGCACUUAGCAACGAGGCUCUUCAGGUAUUCCACAGUGUUCUCAUUAGUAUCUGGGAAGAGGAGGAAAUGCCAGCUGACCUUCGCGAUGCAAUAAACCUUCCGGAGUCACAGUGUGAUUUCCGCCGUAAUCGAAGUACUGUUGGUAUGGUCUUUGCAAUCAGACAGAUCCAGGAGAAAUGCAUUGAGCAGAAUAUAGGCCUCUAUGCGGUCUUUAUAGACCUCACUAAAGCUUUUAACACUGUCAACCGUGAUGCACUAUAG